GGGAGAAGGGAGGGGACUGGAGAAGGAAAACGGUCAUAAGCAGUAAUGGUUACUGGGCUUCGCCGAACAAACUGGGGAUUGACAGGCAAACCCGCCACGACUGUUUAAAAUUCUUAUUCUUUUUCAACGCACUGUUUUGUUGCUUUUAACCACAUGAUCUUUAACGGAUAUAUAUAUAUUUUUUGAUCGAAUACGUUGUCGUGAGGACAUUAACCUGUUGCAUCCUUUCCGACAGUCUCGCGGCAGCGGUCAACUUUAAGAUGUUCUAUUGUGGAUGCGAUGACGUUUUGUUUCGUCUGUUUGCGCUUCUGUAGGAUAGUCGGACUGCGAACAUUUUUCAUUCAAGCUCUUUAGUGUCAUACAUCGCUCGGGACGAUGCAUGUCUCUCUAGCUGAAGCUCUGGAGGUGCGAGGAGGUCCCCUUCAGGAGGAGGAGGUCUGGGCUGUCCUCAGUCAGAGUGCUGAGAGCCUCCAGGAGCUAUUCAGAAGAGACCCUUCUGCCCUGGGAUUCAUCAUCUCUCCCUGGUCCCUGUUGUUGAUGCCCUCAGGCAGCAUCUCCUUCACAGACGAGAACGUGACGCAGCAGGACCUGAGGGCCUUCACAGCUCCAGAGGUCCUGGAGGGAGUCACUCUCUCCUCCCUGUCAGAUAUAGAGAAGAUGCACAUGUACUCCCUUGGAAUGACCUUGUUUUGGGGAGCUGACUAUGAGGUUCCACAGAGUCAGCCCAUGAAGCUGGGUGAGCACCUGAACAGUAUUCUCCUCAACAUGUGUGACGACACCACCCUGAGCCGUAUGUCUGUUCUCACCGUAAUGGACGCCUGCAGCACACACAUCAGAAAUUCUAGCUGCGAACCCUCCUUCACACACAUCAGAAAGCUGGUCCGACUGGUGUUGGGCAGCCUCUCCCAGUUGGAUGGCCUGCUGUCCCAGAGUGAUAGGGAGUCUAUUCCGGAGAGGAGCAAGGAGAUUCGGGAGAGGCUUCGGGGCAAAGGCCUUCCCUCAGGGAGGAGUGCAGCCCCGAGGGUACUGGAGCGUUACAAGGCUCGUAGUCAGGAGCAGGCAUCUCUGAACCGUGGCCUGAGUCGCUCCAUGGGUUCCCUCCCCAUCCAGGACCUCCUGAGAGGUGAGGGGGCCCUGCCUGGUCCCUACCCGCCAUCGGACUACCAUCCUGAGUCAGAGUCCUCCGCAGACCUGGCCCUCUACCUCGAGCCCCAGCAGAGAGGCAGGCCGGUAGAGCUGGACAGGAGGUCCCUGCCCUAUAGAGGAGACUCGACAGCCCAACACAAGAAGAACUGGGCGUCUUCUGUAGACCUGGCCCACAUAGACCCGGAUAUGCUCCGCUUUGGAGCCCUUGAGGAUGCCAGGCGGGGUAGCAGUGCCCUCAGUACCCGCUCAGGGGGAAGGCACAAGUCAGCCUCCCGGGUGUACCGGGAUCGAGACGGGGAGAACCGCUACUCAGACUUUGGUGGGUUGGAGACGCCCAGGACGAAGGCCCACCCCCACUCACCCCUGUUGGUCAGCUCAGCUCUGACCUCAGCCUAUGACCGGAUCAAGGAGAAGCAGAGGAAGCUGCAGGUGCUCCGCCAAGCCAUGGAUGAUCCUCUCCACUCCCAUCGGAGGUACCACAGUGACUACAGCUCGUCCAGUGAGAGCCCCUCUGUAGCAUCCUCCGACACCGACUACAGACAAGUUAAGAAACCAGAGGAAGUGAGACGUUACAGCUCCCAGUUGGCUCUCUCAGACCAUCACGGCAUGUCUCUCACCAGCCACAACGCACACAGACACAGGCGACAUGAGGGUGCAGCCGACGAGGGUCUGAUGCUCCAGAGACGUGAGGAAGAGGUUCAGAGGCUCCAGGCUCACCUGGCUAACAGGCUGUCCAGGGUCUCCCUAUACCCAGGGGACGACCCCCGAGCCAGCCUCUACACCGGGGAUGAGCCCCUGGCACGCACCUCCAUGCUGGACCUCCGGGACCCUCUCAAUGCAACGCUACCACACCACCGCAAACCUAAGAAUUUCUUUGGUCCUGAAUUUGUGAAGAUGACCAGCGAGCCAUGUGUUGCCUUGACGGUUCCCUCUUCAAUAAUGAACAAGCGUGGGAAGCUGGAUGACGUCCAGAGGAAGGUGGGGGUGGUUCUGCUGACCGGCCAGAAGCUGGAGCUGAGCUGUGACAUCAAGGCUGUGUGCAAGGAUGUGUUGGACAUGGUGGUGGCUCACAUUGGACUGGUAGAGCACCACCUCUUCGGCCUGGCGUGUCUCACAGACAAUGAGUUCUUCUUCAUUGAUCCCGAUGCCAAGCUGUCCAAAGUUGCUCCUGAGGGGUGGAAGGAAGAACCCAAGAAGAAGAAACCAGACAUCCAGUUUAACCUAUUCCUACGCAUCAAGUUCUUUCUGGAUGAUGUCAACCUCAUACAACACACCAUGACAAAACACCAGUACUACUUGCAGCUGAGGAAGGAUAUCUUGGAGGAGAGGGUGUGCUGUGACAUGGAGAAUGCCAUGCUCCUGGCGUCCCUGGCUCUUCAGGCAGAGUUUGGUGACUACCAGGCAGAGCUCCAUGGAAAGACGUACUUCAGAAUGGAACAUUACAUGUCUGCCUCUGUGCUGGAUAAUAUUGACCAGAGCUCCAUCAAGGAAGAACUGCUCAAACUACACAGCACAUACUAUGGAGCCACAGAGGCAGAGACAGAGUUUGAGUUUCUCAAGGCGAGCCAGAGGCUGACGGAGUACGGGGUUCACUUCCACCGUGUCCUCCCUGAGAAGCGGUCCCAGACAGGUAUCAUGCUAGGGGUCUUCUCCAAGGGUGUCCUCAUCUUUGAGGUCCUGAAUGGAAACAGAACCCCAGUACUAAGGUUCCCCUGGAGAGAAACCAAGAAGAUUUCUUUCACAAAGAAGAAAAUCUGUCUUCAGAACACGUCAGACGGGAUCAAACACCUGUUCCAGACAGACAGCAACAAGACCUGUCAGUACCUGCUGUGCCUCUGCUCUGCUCAGCACAAGUUCCACCUCCAGAUGAAGGCCCGACAGAACAACCAGGAGCUGCAGGACUUAGAGAACUCUCCAUUGAACCUCCUGCAGUACUCUCUGGGCCAGGGGGGGGUGGAGGGGAUAGGGAGGGCCGUGAGCUCUGCCAGCCUGACCCCUAGCUCCUCAGCCCGCUCCGCACACUCAGACUCAGACCUGAAGAGGAUUUCCUACUCAGAGGUGGCCCUGAACAAGGCCCCUGGCGGCCGGCUCCAUGCACAGGAAGAGGUGCUCUUCCCUGGGUUCAACUCCGGCCUCGGCCCCCACCACCACCACCCUUCCAAUGCCCGGUUAAUGAUGAGCAGAUCACACCACAACCUGGGCCAGGUGCCUGAAUCUCCAGAGCACCGUGCAGUCUCCUUCAACAGCCAGUCUCAGUCUGCAGUGAACCAUGCCCAGCUCCCGGACUCCCACCACCGAGCCAGCUCAGACACAGACUCCAUCUCUGUAGCUUACCAGCAGGAUAGAAGGUUUGGCUCCUCAGCAUCGCACGGCAGCACCACCUGGAGUCUUAAGAGCUUCCAGAAAGAGUCUGACUCCUCCUCCUCCGUGGAAGAGACGGGACAUGCUGAUGUCGUAGGGGACCGUCUAAUCUCUGUGAAUGAGGUGAACCUCCAGGGCCUUCCCCACACCGCUGCCACCGAGGUCCUGCAGAGCGCCCCCGAUGAUGUCACGCUGGUGGUGUCUCAACCCAGAGAGAGGCUUUAUGAAGAGCCUCCGUCAGGGUUUGUUUAUAAACCCCAGGCUCCUCUGGUCGUCUCCGGACAGCGACGACAGGACCUGGACUUUGAGUCUUCAAUUGAGGAACAGGAGGCAGGACCAGGCUCCCCCAGCCCUCCUCUCCCCACCACCACCCCAUCUGUCUCCACUGUCCCACGCCAGAGCAGCCUCCGCUCGCAGGCCUCCAGGACCGAGAGCACCAACGCACCUCUCCAGAUCCCAGUCAACGGCACCCACCCCCAUCGCACCCUGCCCACUGAAGCUGCCUCAGUACCCGUAUCUAUACUCCAUCACCAGGAUCGAACCAACAACAUCGCCUUGACCUUCGACCCACUCAAAGCGUCUCCACCAGCGUUGCCACCCAAAACCAGGAAAGCUAAGAUCCCUGAGGUCCCUAAAGACCCAGACUAUUCAGAUAGAGGGGACUCUGAAAUGGAUGAGGAGACGUACUCUAGUAGUCAAGAGAAACCAAAGUUUAAAAAGGAGUUAACUCCUCCUCUCCCCAACGGCAGCAUGGGAGGGUUAAGUGGCAAUGUCCCAGGGGUCAGUAGUCUCUCUCCUGGAGAUCUGUUUGUCGUUGAGCUGUCUAAAAAGGACAGCAGCUUGGGCAUAAGUGUCACGGGUGGAGUGAAUACCAGUGUGAAGCAUGGAGGGGUUUAUGUGAAGGCCAUCAUCCCUAAAGGAGCUGCAGAACUGGACGGAAGGAUCCAGAAGGGUGACAGGGUGGUGGCUGUCAAUGGGAAGAGUCUAGAAGGAGCCACUCACAACCAGGCUGUGGAGACCCUCAGAGAUACUGGAAAGAUGGUCCACUUGCUGUUAGAGAAGGGUCAGCUCCCUGCGGACCGUAUCCAUGCCCCACUGACGCCUCAGUGCACCCCUCCCAACGACCAGCAACAACCGGCGAGAGCCCAGCCAGAGUACAUCUUCAUCACUGAUAACAAUGUAUUUGAGGUGCCCUUGCUGAAGAAUUCGUCAGGCCUAGGGUUCAGCUUCAGUAGAGAGGAGACCCUCCCUGACCAGAACACUGGUAACGGCCCUGGUAACAGCUACAGCAUGGUCCGGGUGAAGAAGCUUUUCCCUGGGCAACCUGCUGCUGAGAGUGGACGAAUCAACGUGGGGGACGUCAUUGUCCGUGUCAACCAGACGCCCCUCAAAGGACUCUCGCAGCACGAGGUGAUCUCAGCGCUGCGAGGGACCGGCCAAGAGGUCACUCUGCUGCUCUGUAGACCUGAUCAGGGUGUCUUACCUGAGAUGGACGCCUCUGCUCUGACUCCCAUGGCCUCUCCUCGUAAGGAACCAGUAGUCCAGACCCAGCAGCCUGAAUCCAGCCUGGCCAGGCCCAGAACAGCCUCUCCUGUGGGGUCUGAAGGGAAGACGAGCCUGGGUCUGGGACCUGGGCAAAUGGAGGAAGCUCUGGACAGGCUGCUCAUGAAGUCCCCCAGCCGUCGGGACAGCUACAGCGACAGCACAGAUGAUGAGGAGGUGGAGGAGGCCUUCAGCCCAUCUCUGGAGCAGGGCCGACAAGCCUGGGAUCGUAGUAUCUACCAGACCCCCAGCAGUAACCUCACUCUGGAGAGACUCCGCCAGUAUGAGACCCCCUGUGAGCUGGAUGACACCAUCCGCUCUGCCUACUACUCUUCCAACCUGUCACUGUCCAACCUCAGCAAAAGGUGUCCCUCCUCCCCUCGGGUCCCUGACCUGACCACGACCCCUCAACCUAUGGUAUUAUCUCCAGAAGCCCCCAGUCCCGACCCCCUGCCUCUCCCUCGACCACCACACUUCAACCACACCUUGACAGACAACAGACAGGACAUGGACGAGUUUGUGCCGGACGUGGAGCUGAAAGUGUCCCUUGUGAAGUCUGAGAAAGGAAGCCUGGGGUUUACUCUGACCAAAGGGAAUGACUUGGGCUGCUACAUCCAUGACAUCAUCCAGGACCCUGCCAAGGGAGACGGCAGGCUGCGUCCCGGGGAUCGCAUGAUCAUGGUGAACAACAAAGAUGUGUCCAACAUGGGUCACACUGAGGUGGUGAACCUGGUGAGAGCAGCCCCCAGGGUGGUCGAUCUAGUGGUAGGAAGGGUUCUCGAGGCUCCUAAACCCCCUAUAGAAGCACACCUACUGUCGGACAUCUCCUUCCAGUGCCCUGACCAAACAUUAGGUCUAGUAUUGGAUGGGGGCAGUGACAGUGUGUACGGGGUGUUAUUCAUAAAGGAGGUACUGCCUGGCUCGGUGGCGCUGCUGGAGGGGAGUCUGAGGCCCUUGGACCUGGUCCACUAUAUCAACGGAGCUCCAACUCUGGACCUGACCCUCAAUGAGAGCUGCAGGCUGCUGGAGAUCUCCCUCAGGGAGCUCACUAUCAAAGCUACAAGGGAUGGGAAACCAGUGUCUCCAGGACAGAAGAGUAUUUCUUUUCUCAACAACAACGUCAGUCCUGAAGUCUCCACCGGCCUCAAUGAUUAUGUCUUGGGGGCUGAUCACAGAGAAACAGAGGCCUUCUCUACACUAUGUCCUCCAGAGGAGGAGAUCAUUCAGUUGGACCUUGACAAGCCUGCGGCAGGAGGCCUAGGCUUCUCUGUUAUCGGAGGAGAGAGGGGCAUCUUUGUCAAGUCCAUCACCCCUGGUGGCAUAGCAGAUCGUACAGGACGGCUGCAAGUGGGGGAUAGACUGCUCAAAGUGAACGAGGAGCUGAUGACUGGUGUGUCUCACACUAAAGCUGUCACCACUAUCCGAAAGGUCAAAGGACUGGUCCACCUCAUAGUGUCCAGACCGCCUGACCAAAACCCCAACACCUACCUGGCCUACCUCCCCAUCAUCUCUGACAAGUGCAACGGCAACAGUGACGACAUUGGGGUGAAGACUAAACCGUCUAGUCCACCUGAUGAGAACAGUAGCCCUCCUGACAUACCGCCAAUAGACUAUGAUGUAGGUUCAAUGGAACGGAGGACGAGAGAGGGUGAGGUGGAGAACACUGAGCUGUCUGAAGACACAGACCGUGAUGGUUCCUCUCUACCCGAGGACUCUCCUGAGACCUCCCGGAAAGCCGACUGGAAAGAAGAAAGUGUUGACGACCCACUGAAUGAAAGCUACCUGCAGAUGACGUCAGAGCUUCCAGAAGAGGAUGAGAUUACCUGGGGGAGUGACGAGCUGCCUAUAGAGAACAUCAACUCCAAAUUCACUGACGAUAAGCCCAUCAUUACAGAGGAUGAGCUGACCUCUCUGCCCCUGGUGAAGGUGGUCCCUGAAGGACAAUACACUGGGGCCAAACUCAACACUGUGGUGCGUAUGCUGAGGGGUCUGCUCGAACAGAAGAUCCCUUUGCAGGAGUUUGAGAAUCUGCAGAAUCUACAGCCGCUGGACGACUGUCUAAUUGGUCAGACGAAGGAAAACAAGAAGAAGAAUCGUUAUAAGAACAUUGUCCCUUUCGAUACCACCAGAGUGAUCCUGGGUAAAAAUGGUGGCUACAUUAAUGCCAACUUUAUCAACAUGCCAGUGAAAGAUGAGAACUUCAUGUUCAUUGCUUGUCAAGGACCCCUACCCACCACUCUGGGUGACUUCUGGCAGAUGAUCUGGGAGCAGAAAUCUAAUGUCAUUGCUAUGAUGACCCAGGAAGUGGAAGGGGGAAAGGUCAAAUGUCAACGGUACUGGCCUGACACCCCGCGGACGGCUGAGAUGGUGGACGAGAGGCUGCAGAUCACCUUGGUCAAAGAUCAGCACCUGGACAACUUUGUUAUCCGUCUCAUUGAGGUCAAAGAUAUCCAGACUGAAGAAAUUCAACGCGUCACCCACCUGAACUACACCGGUUGGCCAGACCACGGUACGCCCUCGCAGCCUGAGCAGCUGUUGACGUUCAUAUCCUACAUGAGGCACAUCCACCAAUCAGGACCCAUCAUCACGCACUGCAGUGCAGGGAUUGGCCGAUCCGGAACUCUCAUCUGCGUAGACGUGGUUCUCGGCCUCAUCAGUAAAGAUGCUGAUUUUGAUAUUUCAGAUGUGGUACGUAACAUGAGGCUGCAGAGACAAGGAAUGGUACAAACGGAGGAACAAUACAUCUUCUGCUAUCAAGUCAUCUUAUAUGUGCUCCGAUGUCUUCAAGCUGAGGAGAAAAUCUCAGGAUAGCAACCUUACGAAAGUCCCAAUGUUGCGCACACCUGUUGGUGAGAGCAGAACAACGACGGAGACUACACACAGCACAGCACCAAGCAGUGGAUUUACAAAACCACUGCUCAACCAACGCCUUAACAGUCUGGGAUGGUGUCCCGAACACAGAUCAAGCCUAGUAUUGGAUUUACUGGUACUUUCAAUAGAGAAUCUCCAUUUAACAUGGUUUUUAGUCCACGACCAGGCUCGAUCUGUGUCUGGGGGAAGUAGUCCCUCACAGGAGUCUGUAUAUUUUUGUUUGCUUGACCUCUACCUCUGUAGCUGCUACCCCUUCUCUUAAUGUAUACACAAGAACAAUACAGUUGAUGUUCCCGUCUUAUCUACAUGAAAGCAAUGUUUUUUUUUUAUAUAGAUUGGCUUAUGAAAUAUCUGAAAGUUAAUAAAUUCAUAUUUUAAAGAUUUUGAUGCUGGAAGUUGCCUUGACAGAAUACGACAGUAUUUGCAUUGUAAAUCGUAUUAUGGUUAUUGCUGCCAGUGUUAAAGGAAAUUAGUGUACAUAUUCAUCUUUUGAAAUAUUGCAAUUUGUAAAUAAAAGUGAAAUUUA